AUGUCUAUUAGUACAGAAUUUGAAAAAACUGAUCCAUCAAAGUUUUUGAGUGAUAUCAUUGGCUCUUUGGUCACUGUGAAGCUACACAACGGUGUUGAAUAUAAAGGUAAUUUACAAACCAUAGAUGGGUUCAUGAAUGUUGUUUUGGAAGACGGCAAAGAAAGCGUGAAUGGAAGUAUCACCAAAGAAUACGGCGACGUCUUUAUUAGAGGAAACAAUGGUAUGUAUUCAACAUUUUUUUUUCAUCAUAUGAAUGAGUUGAUUGUAUUUCAAAUUACUAACAUCUUUAUUUUUUUUUCUUUCAUCUAG